GUCGGCGUGCCCCGAGGUGGGUACGUGCCCCGGGGGCGCCGUGCCCGACGAGUGCGGCUGCUGCACCAUCUGCGCCCGUGGCCUCGGUCAGCGCUGCGAGAACGAGACGGCGACGGCGAGCGGCGGUCGCUACGGCGCCUGCGGGGACCACCUCGUCUGCCGCGCCCGCACCGACGUCGGGGACUCGGUCGAGGGCUGUCUGCGAGUGCGACAGCGAGGGCGAGGUCUGCGGCUCCGACGACGUGACCUACGAGACCCUCUGCCACCUGCUGGAGAAGACGGCAGACAACCCCGAGCUCUUCGUGGCGGUGAGGGACCGUGCAAGGCAGCGCCCGUGAUCGUGUCAGCGCCCGAAGACGCCGAGCGACCCGAGGGCAGCAUCCUGGUUCUGGACUGCGAGGUCAAAGGUUACCCUGUGCCCGACGUCACGUGGGAGCUCAACCUUGAGGAUGGAUCGUCCUUCAAGCUGCCAGGUGACAUGUCUUCCCUAGCCGUCCAGGUCCGCGGUGGCCCCGAGAAGUUCAUGGCCACGGGAUGGGUCCAGAUCAUGCGUAUUAAGAAGGACACCGUUGGGACCUACUCCUGCGUGGCCACCAACUCCGAGGGCGAGGCUAGGGCUGCGGCCAAGGUGCAGAUCCGCCGAGCAGCGAACGAAAAAGAAGAAUCUCUGAACAUGGUAUAAGACCCCCACCCCCACCCCACCACCCCCGACGGAGCUCCUUCUUCAAGCGAGAUUCCAAAAAAAACACUGCCAUUUUUUUUAUCCUUUUUUUAUUAUUUUCAUCCCUUUACUCAGCACCUUUUUUGUUCUAUUUAAAGAUAAUUUGUAUUUUAAGGAUAAGGAAAUAUGUCUACUUUAGCUCUUAAGAUUUAUUAGUUUUUAAGGUUUUUGUCUCCCUUAUGACAUGGUGAUGUUCUCUUGUUUUUUUUAUCUUUAAUAUUCAUAAUUAUCUGCAUAGAAUGGCUUACCUUUUUCGCUUUCCAAAACUGCAUGUAUCCCCUAACAUAUAUUAUGUAUUUUGAAAACCUAAAAAGAAUUGAGCACAUUUUUUUGCAGAAUUUAAUGGAAUACACUUUUCUGUGGACGAGUGUCACUUUUGAGUCACUAGACUAGAUGAAACAAGGAUAAUUAUUUACACUGGUAUUUUUUUAAUCUUUGAUAAGGAAAUGAGCUUAUUGAUGUUGUGUUGUGUACAAUAAACAAGUGUAAAAAAUUC